AGCAGUAUAAAAGUGGAAGCAACCCGUAGGCUAAAUGAGCCUUCCCUGAAGGUUGAGGAUGAAACAUAUUUGGACGCUCCACUUGCCAAUCAAACGCUGGUCGCAUCCAAUUGGUCCUCCCCCCGAUAUUAUCAUUCCAUCCUCUACUGGUGUAGUCUGUUGGGCUUUCCGCUGUCCUCAUCCGCUCGUCGACAUAGAUCCUCGCGAACUGCUGUUCCGACCAUUUUGUGUCAUCUUUAACAGGCGCAAAAACAGUGACAUUUUGCGGCGUUUGACAAAAAAAUCGCCCGUGCAAUACAAAACUUGUUGAGCCCUUCUCCGUUUCCUCGUUUUCGUCUUCGUGGUGAUUUGGACCGCCGUUGAUGUUUCAGCGUCCAUGUCCUCCCGUAGGCUGCGCUGCGGAGUGAUACUCGAAGUGAACCGACAAUGUGGAGGCUGUUAAAAUGUCUACUUGGAAAAUGAAAUGGUUACAAUUCAUCUAACAACGAGGAAACGGGGCUAAACACAAGAGUUAUGGUUUGUGUUAGAGACGUGUUUUUACUUUGGUGACAAAGACAGCAACCGAGACGAGGCGGCGGAGGAGUGUUUCAUACUGCCUUUCCUCAUUUUCAUCAAGCCCACAGUCGUCCGGACCACGGGGGGAAGGAUCCUAUCCCUAACUUUGUUUUUCUCUCUACUCCAGCCGCUGAUUUCUCCCUGUUGGAUGCCACAUAACUGAACCCAGCCAAAGUGAGAAGGGAGACACCUCUAACGUCCGGUUGUCCACUGCUUACCUCUACCAUAAACACAACAGCCACUUGCUGAGACUGAAAGGGCCAAGUGAACAGCAGCAGAGAAUGGCUGCAGUGGAAACCGACAAGGAGCUCAACGACUUGCUGGAUUUUAGCGCGAUGUUUGAGCCUCCAGUUUCAAAUGGCAAGAACCGGCCGACUACUCUGGCCAGCAGUCAGUUUGGAGGUUCAGGUAUAGAUGAGAGGAGUGGGUCCAGUCCCUGGGGGUCAGGACAACAGAACAGUCCAUCUUUCAACCAGGGAAGGGGUUAUGGAGAAGAAGGCCUUUACAAUGAGGAAGGAGGCAUUGCCUCUGCCCCUAUGUUUGGACCAGGGAUUGUUGCAGGGAAGGCUGAGCGAGGACCAUACUCGUCAUUUGCAACACAGCAGGGCUUUAUGCCCAAUGAGAUACCCAUGGCCAGUUCAAAUGCCCUCUCCCCGUCCGGCCUGAAGUCCAACCCUCAGUUCUACCCCUCUUAUGAGGGAAGCAACCCUCGCAGGAGACCCUCGCAGGACCCCAUCGAAUCACAGCCAAAAAAGAUCAGGAAGGUGCCCCCUGGCCUUCCCUCCUCGGUUUAUGCACCAGCCUCAGGAGAGGAUUUUAACAGGGACAAUGCGGGCUACCCGGCCUCGAAGGCAGGAAACGUCUACACACCACCAUUCUACAUGCAAGAAGGCCUCCACCCGCCCUCCGAUCCAUGGGGCUCUGCUAGGUCGAUGGUUCAGCCUGGUUAUCCUGCCAUGCUGGGCAACUCCCCCCAUCUCAGCCAGCAUGGUCCCUUCACUGCCAUUAACCCCCAAGACAGACUGAAACGGCAGCCACUGCCCCUCUCUCCACAAAACUACCCCCUGCAUGGCAGCGAGGUGAACGGGGCUCAUCCCGCUGGAUUCCACUCUGGCUCCAGCAGCUUCGGAGUCCCCAGCCACACACCCCCUAUCGCCAGCACUGACACGAUUAUGGCCAAUCGUGGCGCAGUACCUGGAAGUUCAGGUGAUGAGAUUGGAAAAGCCCUGGCAUCUAUCUACCCUUCAGACCCAAACAGUAACACCUUCCCUCCGUCCCCGUCCACUCCCUCUGGCUCUCCGCAGGCUGUAUCAGGCUCUGCAUCCCAGUGGACUCGGUCCUCUGGCCAGGCCACACCUUCACCCAACUUUGAGGGUGGACUUCAGUCCAUGGCGAGUAAGAUGGAGGACCAUCUGGACGAAGCCAUCAAUGUUCUUCAGCGUCACGCCAGCGGACAAGGAGGACCAGGCCUGGCUGAAAUGCACAAUCUGCUCUCUUCUGGCUUAGGUUUACCUCCAGCCUUCACCAGUGCAGCACUUGGACUGGCCAGCCGCCUGCCAGGACUGAUGUCCAGUCACCAUGAGGAAUCUGGUCUGCCCUCUAGUGGAGGACUUUUGCAUAGUCACCACGGCAAUGCAUCUGUGCAGCCAGGAUCUCAGCCUGCCGGCCUGACCGGUAGCUCAAAUCGCUCCAGUGGUGCUGAUAUCAAACGAGAGGACAAGGAGGACGACGAGAACUGCUCCAUUACUGACAGGUCAGAGGAUGAGAAAAAAGACCUGAAGCCCCGCCUGGGAACAAGACUGGAUGAUGAGGAAGACGAUGAAGAUCUGCCAGUGGAGAUUAAGGUUGAGCGGGAGAAAGUACGGAGGUUGGCAAACAACACCCGUGAGCGGCUACGCGUGCGGGACAUCAACGAGGCUUUUAAGGAGCUGGGCCGCAUGUGUCAGCUCCAUAUGAGCAAUGAGAAACCACAGACCAAAUUGAUCGUACUGCAACAGGCCGUUAACGUUAUACUCAACCUGGAGCAGCAAGUUCGAGAGCGUAAUUUGAACCCAAAGGCUGCCUGCCUCAAGAGGAGAGAGGAGGAAAAAGUUUCAGGCGUGGACCCCCAGAUGCAGCUUGGUGGAGGUCACCCUGGUCUAGGAGGAGAUGGACAUAUGUAAUUCUCAGUUCCUGUUGAUUGUACAGCCCUUAGAACACGUGGCCUUAAUCUAUCAUUGUCAUGCAUCUCAGUGUGUGUUAAUCAACUUUUGGAAAGCACACACGCAUACACACCUCAUUACUGACAAGGCAGGCGGCCACAUUCCUGACAGUGAAUACAAAAGUAACAAGCACACUCUCGCAGAAAGAGGAAACAUUUAUUAAUCUUUACACGACAAUACUUUUGAACCGAGGACACUGGUUUUGAAGACGGUGGGAAUUAAGGACAUAAGGACAUUCUUAUGAUCGUGUUUUUGUAAGACAUUUUGAGAAAAAAAAAUUGCUUUACACGUUGGGAGCAAAACUUGUUUGGAUCAAAUAAAACUUUUUGGAUCAAUUUGCUCGUGUGAGCAGAGUUAGGAUUUGUAUUGUUGGAUAAUUAUUGGCAUUCCCAUCUGAAAAGGAGGUCUUACAUUCUUCACAAGAGGGACAGCCGGGUUUCUAUCUUACCAUCCAACAAAAACCUGUUUAAGCACGUGCCUGAAAGAGGCUGAAUGCUAAUAGUGUUUGAUUAAGAUAAAAAAUAGCCAUCUCUUUUAGCCUCUUAUGUGAUGACUGAAUUUCAAACAUGACUUUGGAGACAUCUAGCCACUGACUGGCCAAUCAGAGAGCCGACUUCUCUUUCUGACAUGCUGGUAACUCUGGCCGUAUUUUUUGAAUUUCUUGCUUUGGCUGACUCACACGUGUUGUGGGUUAAUUUUGUGUUUAUUUUUAACUGUGGAUCCCCGAGUCUUAUCUCUUAAAGUCCUGUACAUCUGUUAUUGUCACGGCCAUGCAAGCGGAAUAGAAAAACCGCCAGAGAGAGAAAGAGAAAGAGACCCACCACUAACGCAAACACGAGCAGAGACUCGAUACAAAUCCAGGAUCCAUGCCGACGUCGAAUCAAAUCCCAACCUUCCCUCCAUGAGGCUGCCCAACGGAUUCGAGCACGCAGGUGUGUCCCUCGCUGCUCGCGUCCUUCACCAUCAUGAAAUCAGUCGCGCUCUCGCGGCCGUGUGGUCAGUUUGAACCCUCUGACUCAAACGCAGCCCUGUCAAAUCGUACCUAAAGACACUGUUGCAGCACGGUGAGCUCACUUAACGCAAGUCUCAGAGCAAUUUGUAUUGUGGUAAACGAGAUUUGCUUAGAAGACAGAAAUAAUUGAGUAUUGAAAGGGAUCAUGAGUGUUACUGCUACCUUGUGGAGAAUUUACUCAAUCGCCAUUGACUGACUUGUUGUGGUUGUUGCUCCGUGUUGAGCAUUUUUGGUGUUUUUGUUUUGUUUCCCCCCCUUUGAACAAUUUACAAAACCUGUUGUAAGGAUCUUCCUUUUGUAGAAUUGAUUUAUAAUUUUUUAAUUUUAUUUUUUACUUUGUAAGAUAGUUGUAUGAGUUUUGUUUUCAUCAUUUGGAAUGCUCUUUCUUUUUUUUCUUCUUUUUUUUGUUUACAUUGUUUAAAUGUAAUGACGACUCAAUUUUAGAUUCCAGGAACAAAGUGAGGUGUUUUUUCUUUCCUGCCAGGUGCUUAGAAAUGUUAGAAAUGACAAAAUGAUCUGGCUUUAACAUCACAUGUUGUGAUAUUGCCCUUUUGUUGUUUUUUUUUUUUCGAAUGCCUGUUUCAACCCAAACCUGUCAGGCCAGUUGUAAUUGGAUUGUUCUGGUGUUUGCGACAGUUUUUCUUAAAAUGAAACAUGUUUUUCUUCAGCACCCCCCUCCCCCCUCCCUCCUGUCCAUCUCUCUGAUGAGAGCUUGUUGAUUAGUUUAAGGAAGGGCAGCAGGGGCGGUCUGCACAACAUAAUUCAUUCAAUUUCAUUAUUAUUAUUAUAAUUAUUAUUAUUAUGUAAAAGGAAUCAAAAAGGGUGGCCUUAGUCAUUUCCCUGACUUUGGGAGUUUUGAUAAUGGUUACUCACCAGUGCCUGAAUACUUCUCUGCUUCACGGUAGAUGAUGUUGUAUUUGAGGAUUUAUAGGUUGUACCUUUUUUAUAAUACAGAUGUAUAAAAACAUACAGUAUAUACUUCAAUAACAUCUGACAACAUCUAAAUGAAAAGUUACACUUACUGAGACUGACAGCAUCUGCGUGUCAUUAAAUGUAAGAUGACUAAUAACCUGGUCUACAAUUUUGACAGUGAAAACUGUACUUAAAGUUUCUCAUCUUUUAUGAACUGAUUUUCUUAAAUAUAAUUUUGUCAUUGACUGGCAUGUGCAUUGAUAUGUAUGUACAGCUGUAUAUGGCCUCAUCAGCUUUAUCAUUGUAAGCUGAUACUGAUAUGUAACAGUAUUUGGUUUACCUGUAAUUCUGUCACAGAUCCUGCCCUAUGGACUAGCCCCAAACAUUUUCUUUGUCAGUAACUUUAGCCUUUCUGCAGAAGAACCUGGUGUUGUUGUGACACGAAAAGUCACUACUGAACACUUUUAUCUCUUAACACAAAAGAUAUGACUGCAGUAUCCAAGUAUCAAAACAUGCACCUGAUAUUCUUUGUUAACAGAUCUUUCUGUCCUCCACACACAGAUGACCUGCUUCAGAUCUCUGUCUUCACUCAUGUUUGGGGACAACAUCUAUGUAGGCUAUGUCCUCAAAGUGCCUCCUGUUUCCUAUUUUUUAUAUAUAAAGUAGAUAUCGAGAACUGUUGUGUAUAUAACAGUAAUGUAGCAAUAAAUGUGCCAUUUUUAAUAACAAAA